CACUACAAUCAAAUUGAAAUAUGCAUCAUAACCCCACCAUUUUCCCGAACGUUAGAUACAGUUGCUGCUGCUGCUGCAGGCUAUCAAAACAGAAACUGAACCUCUGCGGAAUUUGCCGAUCAUAAAACAAGGUCACGCAUGCACCAUGAAGAAAUGUGGAAAACAAGGCCAUUCAUCUGCUGGACUAAGAAGAUCAUUUCUUAUUCUCAUACUAAUUUCCCAUGGAUUGAAACUCUGUUUGAGUUACGAUGAAGAAUUUUGUAGAGAAUCUCGGACUACUGUGAGUAGAGUAUCGACAUGUCCUAAUACCAAAUCAAGGUGGGAAGAACAGGCACUGAGGAAAAGUUGUUCAUCUAUCCCACAUAACUGUAGUGGUGCUUUAUCUUACCACUGCUUGAUAAACCCUUGGCAGAACACCACCAUAGAAGUGUGUGCUCCUCAGGCAAAAAUAAAAUUAGGAUACUGUGCAGAAUAUAACUCAGUAGGUGGAAGAAUACAAGACUUUUACCAAAAGUCUUGCCGGUCUUGUGUCAGCGAUUAUCUGUCAACAGAGGCUUACAAACAUGAUGAGUGUUACAAGGCGGUAUAUGAUCGUUUUACUAUCAACAGAGGUACAGAGAUGACGUCACCUAGUUCUCAGAUCUGGAUAUAUUAUCAUAGCAUACUUUUGUUUUCGAUGACCAGUGGGCUGCUUUAGAAAGCAUUUUAUCAUUGUUUACUGAAUCACUCAAUCUAUCUAUCGAUCAAGUUUUGUGUUCUAUCUAACCAUCCAUUUAUCUACAUUUAUCCUGAAAUAUGUACAUAUCCAUUGUAUAUGCCAGAACAUUCCUAUAUUUUCAUUUAAAUACAUGUGUAUUGGUAACUGUAACAUGUAUGUAAUAUCUAUCCAUUCUUUGAAAUUUGUCACUAACAACACCAAUGGUAUUUGUUAUUUUCAAAACAACUUGAGACUUUGAAUUUUCAUAAAUUGUACAGAUCAGGUAUGCUUAUACUGAAUAUAAUACAUCAAAAGUGUUAUUGGGUAUUUCAAUGCUAUAUACAUAUUAAUAUUGUAUCAAUGCAUGUGUUAGAUUGCUGUCGAUUGUUUUGAUAUUUGGGUAGAUGCAUGUAUCUAUCACUAGAACAGAUCUAUUAAUAUAUCCUGAAACAUGUACAUAUCCAUUGUAUGUGCCAGAACAUUCCUAUAUUUUCAUUUAAAUACGUGUAUUGGUAACUGUAAAGAAUCUUUAAAUUUAAUCUAAACAUGUUUUAUUUUGUAUAUCAUAAUAGGAUUAGGCAGUAGGCAGAGCCUAUGUAUGCCUUCAGGAGUAGGGAUAUUCAUUACCCUUUCUUUUAGUACUUUCAUUACAUGUCAAAUACAUUGUAAAUGGCGAUUUUAUUUACACCACUACGUCAAUGAUUAUACCUUAUUUUUGAAACAUGAUAAAAUCAAUAAGUGCAGAUAAAUCAAAACAAUCAUUAGUUUCAGUAAUAUUAAAGUUAUGUGUUUUUGUUACUGCAGCAAUAUAAUGACUUUUCUUAAGUAGAUGCAUGGACAUUAUAUACGGUAUCGGUGAACACCUCGGGUGUAUAUUCGGGAAAUUGUUUGUUAUUUAGCUAUGGUACAUAUAUAAAACUAGUUAAAUUACAGUUUUAAAGGUUUAAAAAUAUAUCGAAGGUUAUAGGACCUACUAGUACAAUUUCAGGCUUAUGUGUAAACCUGGGAGUUUGCUUAAAUGUUGUUUAUCUAAGUGAGAAUGCGAAUUUUGGCGGCAAUGAGUUGUGAGUGCACUUUACUAUGAUAAUUUCUUGUACAAGGGUGUAAAUGGCGGUUCACGAAUCGCAUAAUUUGUGCACUGAAAUCAGUAACUUUUGACACUAGACACAAACCUUCUCAUCCUUCUCAGUCCUCGAUGUGUUUUUUGUAAUGCUAUACAUGUAUGUACACGACUUUUU